AUGGCUAGCACUGCCGACCUCGAACAGCUGUGGGUGUGGAAUCAGCAUGUGCCUACCUAUAUACAACGCUGCAUGCACGAUAUUAUAGCAGAACAAGCUCAGCAGCAGCCUGAGAAAAUCGCUGUUGAAUCUUGGGAUGGAAGUUUGACAUACAAAGAACUGGACAGCCUAUCAUCACAGCUUGCUAGGCAGAUUCUACAGAGGAAUGCGGGAGCCGGUAGCAGAAUUCCGCUAUGCUUCGAAAAGUCAAUGUGGACUGUUGUUGCGGUUCUGGCAGUCAUGAAAGCCGGUGCAACAUUCUCCCUCACAGAUCCAAGCCAGCCAGUUGCACGACUACAAACAAUAGUCGAGCAGACAGGGGCAAACCUCGUCAUCACCUCCGUAGCUCAGAGCGAGUUGGGCAGAGAGAUAUCUAGAGUGGGAGGCCAAGUUAUUGCCAUAUCUCGGGACUACUUUGAUGGUAUCAAAAAUUCCGACUCGGAAAGUGCCUUGCCUCACGUAUCUGCAGAAACGCCAAUGUACAUUAUUUUCACUUCCGGAAGCACAGGCAAGCCAAAAGGCGUCGUCAUUACCCAUUGCAACUAUACCAGCGGUGCGAUUCCCAGAGCAGAGGCUGUUGGUUACAAAUCGACUUCCCGUUGUUUCGAUUUCCCAUCUUACGCUUUUGAUGUAAGCAUCGACUGCAUGCUGUGUACACUGGCAGCUGGAGGACAAAUAUGUGUGCCGUCAGAGGAAGCCAGGAUGAACGAUCUCAGUGGCACCAUUCGACAGAGUAAAGCCAACAUGGUUCACAUGACUCCUUCCGUCGCCAGAGUCUUAGAUUCCGACAUUAUCCCAUCUCUGGAUGUUCUAGGUCUUGGUGGUGAGGCGGUGUCUGCGAGUGAUGCAGCGGCUUGGAGUCAGCACACUAGUUUAAUUAUUGCAUAUGGACCAUCUGAGUGUACCGUCGGUUGUACCAUCAACAAUACGGUUACCAUCUCGACGGGUAUCGGCAAGGGUGUUGGCGGCGUGACCUGGAUUGUCGAUCCUGAGGACCACAACAUUCUCAUGCCUGUUGGAGCUGUUGGAGAACUCAUCAUCGAAGGCCCAGUGGUCGGUGUCGGCUACCUCGGCGAACCGGAAAAAACAGCAGAGGUCUUUGUUGAAGACCCAUCAUGGCUGAUUUCCGGCUACAAUGCCUUUCCCGGGCGACCUGGCAGGUUGUACAAAACCGGUGAUCUUGUGCGAUAUGAAAGCAACGGCUCCGGCUCCAUUGAGUUUGUGGGCAGAAAAGACCAACAGGUAAAGCUUCGAGGCCAACGAGUCGAGCUCACAGAAGUUGAGCAUCACCUACGGGCCUGUUUGCCAAGCGGGAUCAAGGUUGCAGCAGAGGUGAUAAAGCCAGAGAAUGGAGGUGCACCUUCGCUUGUGGCAUUCCUUUCAGAAUCCAUCUCUACCGGGGCCUCUGGAGUUGAUCCGACCAUCGUGGAUCCUUCAUUGGAGCUUAAAGCUGCCCUGGCGACGGUCAAUACAGCCAUGGGAGCCAGGGUGCCACGAUAUAUGGUCCCAGCAGCAUUCGUGACUCUUCAGCACAUGCCCUCGUUGGUGUCUGGGAAAACAGAUCGGAAAAGACUGCGUGAGAUUGGGGCCGCCAUACCGCGAGAUGUUUUCAGCCGAAUGCAAGCAACCGAGACCCAGGAGGAAGAAGAUCCAGAAACUGAAACGGAGAAGAAGUUGCAACAGGCAUGGAUCAAAGCCCUCGGGUCAGACGCAAAUAUCUACAGGCAGAGCAACUUUUUUGCCUUGGGAGGUGACUCUCUGCGUGCCAUGAGACUCGUGGUGACCGCUCGCGAGAACGGCAUCGCCUUGACGGUUGCUGACAUUUUUACGAAUCCAACACUCAGUGGCAUGGCUUCAAAAGCCACUCAGGUCUCAGAAUCGUCUGUAGAUGAUAUCCCUCCCUUUUCACUACUAGAGAAAGAUUGGGAUCUAGAAAAUGCACGAAACGAGAUGUCCGCUCUCUGUGGCGUUGAAGCCAGCGCUGUAGAGGAUGCGUAUCCGUGCACUCCCCUCCAGGAAGCCCUCAUGGCCUUGUCAGCCAAAGUCAAGGAAGCAUAUAUCGCCCAGAGAGUCGUUGAACUCAAAGAUAUCGCCACGGCUGAGAAACUUAUUGAAGCUUUCGAUAUCGUACAGCAAGAUAGCUCCAUAUUGCGCACAAGAAUCGUGCAAAUUCCUGGGCGCGGACUUGUACAGGUUAUUAUCAAGGAGAAGCUGAAUAAGUUCUUAGGUACCAAUCUCGACGAGUACCUGGUGAAUGACAGAAAUGAUGCAAUGGAACUAGGCAAACCUCUUGUCCGCUAUGCCAUUAUCGAUGAUAGCACCACAGGAAAGGUCAGCUUUGUGCUUACCAUCCAUCACGCAUUAUACGACGGCUGGUCUAUGCCCCUGGUUGUUGAUCGGGUAAACAAAGCAUACAGCAAUCAAACAUCAUCGCGACCAGCAGAGUUCAAACACUUUAUCAAGUAUCUGUCGACUAUGGACAUGGAUUCUUCUGCAAAUUACUGGAGAGAACAGCUUUCAGGAGCCAACGCCUCCCAGUUUCCACCUCUACCAUGGCAGGGGUAUCAGCCACAGUCCGAUUCAUUGCUAGAGCAAUACGUUCCUCUCGAAGACGGGAAAGCUUCAAAUGCCACCACUGCUACAAUCAUUAGAGCGGCUUGGGCUCUCGUAGCAUCGCAAUACAUCAACAGUACCGAUGUCAUCUUCGGAGAGACGCUGACCGGUCGAAAUGCGCCUGUUGUUGGGUCCGAGGAGAUUGAAGGACCAAUGAUCACAACCGUUCCCGUGCGUGUCCAAAUAGACGGAGACUUACAUGUUUCGGACUAUCUUCAAGGUAUUCAAGAGCAAAUAGUGGACCAGAUUCCCCACGAGCAUUUUGGCUUGCAGCACAUACGGAGACUCAGUCCUGAUGCUUAUGAUGCAUGCGAGCUGCGGACAGGCCUGGUGCUUCAUCCAAGCACAGACGAUGAGCCAGCUUCGUCUGAAGAUCUCCCUGCAAGCUGUCUUGUCCCAGCAGGAGACGCAGAGGCUGCUCAAGAAGCUCUCAAGUUCAACACAUAUGCUCUCAUGCUCGUCUGUUCAAUAGAUCCGCGAGGAUUCCUUAUAAUGGCCAGUUUCGAUUCCAAGACUGUCUCAGUUCCUGUAAUGCAAAGAGCUCUGGACCAGUUUAAGCAGAUUGCACAAUUGUUGUACAAGGAAAGCUCAUCCACUCUAAGGAGCCUCCAACCGUCGUUGACUGAUGAGAAUACUAAAGAGCUUCGGGAUACAAUGCUCACUGCAGAUAUUAGUGACGCAGCAACAGAAUUUGUUGGCAUUCAAGCAGCCUAUGUCACGGAUUCCAAGGACCCAAACAGUCUUGUUCCGGUGUUCGCAGUUGGUGAGCUGAUCGUUCAACACCCAGAAGAAUUGUCCACUUUGACAGAAAUCUCUCCUCCAACUUGGCUGGAGGCGACUUCCAGCUCCACGGCCCUCUCACAGGGAAGAUUCUACAGGACGGGACGAUUAGCUAAAUACGACUCAACUCAAAACCCCGUCCGCAUCAAAUUGAUGGACUCUAUCAGCGAAAGGAAUGUACAAGCGUCCCAAGCAGUAGUGACCAAGAGCCGGAUAUCAGCGAGUUCCAGCAGGCAGCGCAAGUUGCGCAGUCUGUGGGCCCGCGUGCUGCGUCUGAGCGAAGAGGAUAUCGGUCUAAAUGAUGGAUUUUUCGUUCUCGGCGGUGAUUCUAUUGGGGCUAUGAAGCUUGUGUCAGAAGCUCGGCUGGAAGGAAUCAAAUUGACCGUGGUCCAGAUAUUCCAGAAGAGAACGCUGUACGAAAUGGCAAAUGCCAUGGAAGAAGUCGAGAAGCCAACAUCAUCUACAGACGGCGCCGCCAUGGAAGAACAGAAAGUGAAACCAUUUUCCCUGCUCAGUCUACAAGACGAGGAGGACAAGUUGCGCUUCGUCAACGACAUAAUCGCUCCUCAGUUGGCCGAUUCGACUUGGCGUAUCACCAAUGUUCUUCCCACGCGUCCCCUGCAGCAGAUUGCCGUCAGGGGCACAACUCAGCUCCCGCGCUUCUCGGCGCGAUACGAGAUCAUGUAUUUCGACAACGUCGUGAAUCGUGGAAAGAUGGUAGAAAGUUGCAACCAGCUCGUCGCCCGCAACGAGAUAUUGCGCACCGUCUUUACAGAGCACCAAGACGAAGGCUAUGCCGUUGUCCUUGAAGAACUGGUGCCCUCGUUUGUCGAAUACGCCAUUGACGGCGACAUCGAGGCAUUUGCUAACCAGCUGUGUCGUCUGGAUGCUAUGACUAGAUUGCCGCUUGGAUCAAGUUUCGUGAAAUGGUUCCUGGUUGAGUCGACCACCGGCCAGUCAUGCCUCAUCUUCCGCCUCUCGCACGCUCAAUACGACGAGAUAUGCCUCCCCAUCAUGCUACAGCAGCUCUCGGCUCUAUAUCAAGACGAGCCAGUCCAGGAAAGCGUGCCGUUCUCCUCCUACGUCCACCACGUCCUCGGCCGUAAUCUGCCCGAAAGCAUCCCUUACUGGACAGACCUUCUUUCCGGCUCGUCCCUGACAAUCCUCAAGCCGGACAUCCCCGUCCAGAAGCGAAACCACUUUGCCAUCCAACACACCGUCGACAUCUCUUCGCGCCUCCGCGACAUCACCGUGGCUUCUCUCCCCACCGCAGCAUGGGCGCUGUGUCUCGCCCGUCGCCUCUCCCUUCGCGACGUCACGUUCGGCGAAGUCGUCAGCGGCCGCAACAUCGACUUCCCGCACGGCCCAGCCAACGCCAUCACCGGCCCCUGCUGGCAAUACAUCCCCGUCCGCGUGCGCUUCCCACCAGGAUGUACCGCUUUGGAAGUCCUCUCUGCCCUGCAGCAUCAGCACAUCGCCAGCUCUGCACACGAGGGCGUCAGUCUUAGCGAGAUAGCCACCCUGUGUGGCACCAACUGGCUACGGCCCGACGGCCCCAAAGCGUCGGACCUGUGGUUUGAUUCCGUCGUUCAUCAGGAUGUCGAACACGUCGAAAAACUGGCGUUUGCCGCUGCAGGAAGCGGUCGCUUGGAGACGGUGUAUCCGCACGAAGAGCCAUUACGCGAGUGGAAGAUCCAAGCCUUUGUUCACGACAACAGCAACAAACUCACGUUGGAAAUUGUAACUUUUGAGAGCUGGGGAGGAUUUGCCAGAGGGCUGCUGGAUGAUUUGGUCGCGGCGGUGGCAACCCUGCUGAAGAAUCCUCAUGCCAAGCUAUUCGAGAAUGAAUCAGAGUAG